UCAGCUUCGAGCUCGAGAGAAAGUCGCGAAAGUCGCGGCUCUUCUCUCCUCUCGCAAACUCCUCGCAGAAAAGGUAGAGGUCCGAAAGAAAUAGGAAUAAGUAUAUACAAGCACUUGAGCAGUGUGAACCCAACGCACACCUUUUAGUGUAAGGGUUUAUUUAUAAAAAUGGCGGACCAAGUGCUGAGGGAACUGGAGGCUGCUGCACAAGUUAUUUUAGCACCGCCAAAUCUAGUCACUGCCGAGCAGAGACAAUCAGCAGAGGCAGUAUUUCUGAAUUUUCGCAAAACAAAGUCACCCUAUCAGCUAUGCAGGGAAAUUCUGGAAACCUCAACGAUGGACUACGUCCUGUUCGAGUCGGCUGGUGUGAUCAAGGCAGCCUUGAUCAGAGAGUGGACUUUACUGCAACAGUCGGACAUUCACUCUCUCAGGCAGUAUUUGCUUCACUACAUUAUCAGCAAGCCUACCCUGGCACCGUUUGUCAGGGAAAGAAUCUUGCAAGUUAUUGCCAUCAUGGUGAAGAGGGGUAGCGUCGAGGAUUUGGGCGAGGAGAGGAAGGAAAUCUUGAACGAAGUUGAAGGACUGAUUAUGGGCGGCGAUUUGCCAAGGCAAUUGUUGGGGUGUAGCAUAAUAUCGGCUUUGAUUCAAGAGUAUGCAACCACUGUGAAAUCGUCUGACGUUGGUUUGACCUGGGAAGUGCACUUCAGAGCAAAGAAACAAUUUGAAGUGACAUCGCUGAAACGAAUAUUCAAGUUUUGUGUACAUGCACUUGGAGAAUUGACAAAGGCUGAGAUUCCUGAAACUAUUUUGCCUUUAAUUAAGCAUUUGCUCUCUAUAUGUGAAAGUGUGUUAACAUGGGGUUUCAUCUAUGUUUUCCUACCCAAGAGACUGAUAGGAAUUUUCGAGACAGUCUACGAAGCCGACAGCAGUCCAACGCUUCGACUUACCACGAUGUGGAGGGACGCGAUCCUCGACGAAAACGUUAUACAAGUAUUCUUUAACGUCUAUUGGAAAGUUAGGUCUAAUCCUCAGCUAGGCCAUCACGCUAGAUGUUGUCUAGUCCAACUCGCAAGUCUCAACGGUGCUAUAGUUCAUAAUCCCGAUGUAAAGCUCAAGUAUUUGAUGGAUUACGUCCGAAAUUUUCUCAAUCUUUUGUCGAACAUCGAAGUAAUCGACCAAGAGGCUAUUGGUAUCGCAAACAUCUUCAAGAAAGUAAUUAUAAACUUUAAAAAUACGUUCAACGGCUUGCCAGAGGACAUGCAAAGAUCGUUCAUGGAACACAUGACGCGGCUCACCUGUAUGUUUGCUGAAGGUGCAUCUCAAGAAGAAUCUAUGUGCACCGACGAUUGCAUGUACAUGGAGGCCUUUGAAAGUAUGUUGGAAACAUGGAUAUCAUCCAUGACGGAUUCCGCGACGCCAAUUUUUCCCGUUGAAUUGAGCAAACACAGUUGCAUUCAGAUCUUCAACACUUACUUGCAAUUUCACUUGUCACCGCCGGAUGGAACACGUGGAGCUGGCGGUAAAGAACUCAAUAACGAGGAGAUCGACGCCAAUGAGGAAGAUGAUCGCACCAAGUUCAAGGAACAGCUUCAAAUCAUUGGCAAUUUCGGGAGACAGGCUCUGAGCCACACGUUGCCGUUACUCUCUCGUUUAUUGGAGGACCGAACGAAUAAAUUGAGGGCCCAGUUGAAUCGGCUUGUCGGUCAACUCAACAUGACAGAUCUCACAUCCGUCGAACAUCUGUACGAGGACCUUCACUGGCUUGUGCUCAUAACCGGCCACGUACUGUGUAUGGAGUCAGAUGGAGAAGUACCUCUAAUACCUUCAGAAAUAAUGCUGUACAGCAUGGAACAGGCACGACAAGGCCACAUGGAUCUGAACGUAACGUUGGAGCUGCUAGCAUCCCCGCAGAAAGAUGUGACAGAGGUGAAUGGAGCUGAGCAGUCGGCCGAUCACGUUAUCCGGUUGAUCUCAGCAGUUUACCGACUGAGCGAGAUCGCCAAGACGGCGAUAAACUACAAUGCCGCCCAGCAUCUAUCGCCCGAGCUUUGCAGUAGCAUAAUUUGGUUCCUUCAUCGCUGGUCUCUCGUUUACCUGAUGCCGAAGGAGAGUACUUACGCAGAGCUCAGUACGACCAUUCUCCAAGCUUUCGGUGAGGACACACCAGGGUGUGCGUGGACUCUUAAUUUUCUCGUUGAAAAGAUCGAGUGCAACAUUAACGCAUUCAAAGGCGAGCCGAACCUCAUCAAAGAGACUAUGAAAUUGCUUAGUACACUCGUCGACACACCAGAAAAAACCUCGUGCCUUAUAAAGUCAGAGCGUUUCGGCAAUCUCGUCGAAUUGUCGAAGUCUCACGAAUUGCCACAGGCGGCCAAGCGGGGUCUCAUGAAGGCAAUCAUUCAGGUUAGCGUCGUUCUGACUGACAAUGAACGGCUCCAGCAGUACUAUGGACAAGUGCUUCAGCCGCUUCAGGAUCGCUUCAAGGGUAUUAUUUGCCACGCUGAUUUUCCACGCAACUAUCACCAAGAAGAAAUUCGCGUUCAAAUCAUAGACCUACUCGAAUCGUUUAUAGGGGUCGCCCAGGGUAUAUCUAAUACUAUAGUUAUACCAAUUUCCCAGUACAUUUAUACCAUAUUGAGCGAAUGUCCACGACUGCUCACCUUGUAUAAUAAUUACCAACAGAUUGUGCAGUUGAUAAUCGAACUUUUCUACGACUGUUCCAAAGGUCUGAUGCAUUUCUUGUCAAAUGUCAAUAAUUUUACUGAACUUUGUCUACAAAUGAUGCAGGCAUACGCGAACUGCAAUCGUAAUCGAUUGACCACUGACACGACGGCAGAGGAAGAUUCCUUCCAAGACGUGUUACUUCUUAUGAAGUUGUUGACGUCUUUGUUAAGCAGAGAUUUCUUGAACUUUGAAUCCAGUACAGAACCCGCAACUGGUCAAAAUCACUUGGGAAUGGCCGCCGACGUAUUCUUCUAUGGGCUAAAUAUCGUCAUGCCGUUAAUGACGAUAGAUAUGCUAAAGUUCCCUUCGUUAUGUUUACAGUAUUUCAAAAUGAUAACAUACGUCUGCGAAAUCCAUCCGGACAAAGUAAUCUCAUUGUCACCAGAGCUGUUGCAACAGUUGUUGAUAUCAGUAGAGCUUGGCUUAUUUUCAUUUGGGCAUGAAGUGACUAUGCACUGCUGUGAUAUAAUUCAAGGAAUGGCCAAACACAUCUACACAGAAUGCGAAAAAGGCCGGCCGAAAAGUCAGAUCAUGGCUCCCUUCAUGAACUUACUGAUGAACCUCAUCAUAAAUCAUCAAAUAAACUCGGACCUCGUCUCAAACACAAGUCUACCUUUGUAUCUACUGAUCUGUUGUUACAAGGAACAGUAUCAGCAACUUGUUCAGCAGCUAAUAAGUGAACAACAGGACCCGGCGACUGCCCAAAGGCUUGCCGAAGCCUUCAACGAGCUCACCCCCGACGUUCCGCUCAACCUCGACCGAGCCAACAGGCUAAAGUUCCGUGACAACUUCGACAAAUUCAUCGUCAACGUCCAAGGCUUCCUUAUUGUAAAGUAAGAUGACUCCACGUUCUUUGAGAAAGCUUUUCAAAAAGUCUACUUGGGAUAAAUUUUUAUGUUAAAUUUCGUGAGGAUUUAUUUUUUUAUCACUUCAUCGAUUUCGAUUUUGAUUUAAAUGAUGUUAAAUCUUGAAUGUUGCUUAUUUCGGAAAUAUUAUCUUCGAUAUACUUGAGAAUUUUCCUUGAAGAUUUUUCCAUCCUACGAUUCGUUUAAAAGCGAGAGUAAAUUUUCAAUAUUAAUUUUUUUUUUUUUUUUUAUGUAAAAAUGAAUACGUACUGUAUCGAGACUAUAGGAAGAUUUCCUACAAGUUUGAAAAGUCUUUGAAGUCUUUGUUUGCGAACUGAGAGGUUUGCGGCCCGA